AUGGUCGUUCCUCAACCUUUAGCUGCCCAAGACGAGGAGCGGCUCAUCCACGACGAUAACACUUCGGAACUCGGCGCGUACCCGUUAGAAGCCAAUGAGAUUGUCCAAGCACCUCAUCCCCUUUCAAUUCCAACGGCCAACUACUACUUGCAUCCUUGGACUGGCAAAGUUAGUGGAGUAGCCCGUCGAGAAGGAGGUAUCAGCACUCGUAGCAACGAUCGGAUCGUCUUUUACUUGCAAGGUAUCGAUGGAGUCUUUCGCACUCGCGCCUUGUUUGUGGCGCAACGACAACUCAAUGGAUCGUAUCACAUUUACAACAUUUACAAUGACAACUCGCUGCGAAAGACGCACUUUCGCAAAAACGACGUUCGCUAUGUGGGAAAGCUGAGUCGUCAUCGAACCCACGAGGGCCACGUGGAUUUUCGGUUGGUGCUGGGUCGCAAGGGAGAAGAGCUGCAAGCUUCGAGCUUGAUUUACGAUGCCGCAGCGCUCAAGUAUCCCGUGCAGGAUGGUUCGGUGGAUCGAAUUGUGUAUUCCGUCAUUUACGACUGCGAAGAGGACGAAUACGAGGACGCCAACAAUAGCCAGGAUGCCGGUGACGACCGAAAGGUGAAUCCCAAUGGCCCUCGAUGCAUUGAUACCGCCGUCGCCCAAGCUUGGGAGCAAGAGGAUGGGUUGCACAGUAACAUCGAAGACACAUACAAGAACCUUUCCGUCUUUCAAUGUCGACGUCGUUUCACGGACAAGCGCGGCAGAGCUAGUCACCGCGAUUCGCAGCCCUUUUUGCAGCGGUUUGGACGUCGUGCUCGAGAGGAAUCGAAAAAGAAUUUGCAGAUUGCCGAUGUGAGCACUGGGUUUGUGGUGUUUCAGAUGGGCCGAUGGAACGACAGUGAAUUUACGGUGGACUUUAUGCCUCCCUACAAUCCCUACGAAGCUUUUGGGAUUGCUUUGGCGCAGUUGGAGACUAGUUAG